AUGCCGAAAGCCGAGCGAGGCACACCAAAAGACAUCGCCAAUCGCCAGAAGGCAAAGGGCCUUCAAAAACUUCGAUGGUACUGUCAAAUGUGCGAGAAACAGUGCCGAGAUGAAAACGGUUUCAAAUGUCACAUCAUGUCCGAAUCUCAUCAGAGACAGCUUCUUCUUUGCGCUCAGAAUCCAAACAAAUUCCAGGAUAAAUUCUCAAAAACCUUUCUCGACGACUUUCUCUAUCUUCUCAAGCGUCGAUGGGGCACGAAACGAGUCUGGAACAAUACAGUUUACAAUGAGUACAUCAUGGAUCGACACCACAUUCACAUGAACGCGACAAGAUGGCUGACGCUUUCUGAAUUUACAGAGUGGCUCGGAAAAGAAGGAUACGCAGAAGUCGACUAUCAGGAUGGAAAAGGCUGGUUCUUGGCCUAUAUCGAUAGAGAUCCGCAAACCCUCGCGAGAAAGAAGGAAAUUGAAAAGAUGCUCAGAAAACAAGACCGAGAAGAAGACGAGCAACGGAUCAAAAUCGACAUGCUCAUCCGUGAGGGGAAAAUGAAAGAAGCUCGAGAAGAAGCCUAUCUAAAAGAGCAACGUGAGCGCAUGCAAGCCACCGGUGAAGCUUUAGAUGGUCCUCUAGCGAAGAAACCUAAAUUUGGAGAAGACAAAAAGACUGUCAAAAUUGCUUCGAUAGAAAUCAAGUCUCAUCAAACCUUGAAAACUUUGCAAAAACCGCCUCGAUGGGUUCAAGUUGGAGCGGUCGUAAAAGUGAAGUCAAAGUCGAUCCCAGAAUUCGAGAAACAAAAAGGCUUCGUCAAAGAAGUUAACGGUCAUAAAGCCGUUAUUCAGCACCUAAAGCUUCCGAAAAUGAAGGCUCAAUUCCACGAAGACGACCUAGAAACAGUCAUUCCACAGGUUGGAAGAGAAGUCAUUGUCAUGAAAGGCGACCUGGCGAAACGAACUGGAACUCUGAAGGAAAUCCGACAGAAGGAAUUCUGCGUCCUGGUCGAGAAUCUGUUAUCAACUCGUGAAGCCAAGCCAACACCAUCUUCAUCAUUCUUCAAAGCUUUCCUGUUCCACUUAAAAUCACUUUCUGUACUAUUCAUUUCUACAGUCUCCCUUAUGAUCUGUUUUAGAAUGCGGUUGAUAUCGUUUCUGCCCUUUUUUGGGUUAAUCUCUGCCCUGUACGAAGAUCAAGUCGGAAAGGUCGACUGGAAGCUCGACGUUCUCGGGUCCCCCAAACUCGCUGCCUUCGACGACGCAAAUGCUCAAGCAGAUGCGAUUGCGCUCUACACGGAGCAGAACAUUCUCGCCAGUGUUUCAGCUCUCGAUGGAUCGGUCUUAUGGAAGAAAACUAUGCCAGUUUCAGAGAGGGUUGAAUACCUCUUCUACGCGAACAAACUCAUCGUUUCUAUUUCUUCUGGUGGAAUUGCUCGUUAUUGGGUCCCGGAAUCAGGAGCUCUUUUCCGAGAGUUUUAUACAUCUAGUCCAUCCUCAUUGACUGAUUGCGUGAGAUUGUUCUCCAAGAGCAUAAUCAUUUGUGCCAAGAACAACGAAGUAGGAGAGAGCGACCUGGUGAUUUUCCGCGAACGAAAACCGCUUUCAGAAACUAAGGCUUCGAUUUUGGUCCAGGCAAUUAUCACCAACGAAGAAAAUAAUCUUGCCUAUCUCAUUGGAAAGAAUGCGCAAAGCGAACUCGUCCUUGAAACCCUUAACAUUGAUGAUCUCUCUACCGAACCUGUCAAAGUCCUAUCCAAAGAGAGCAUCUCUAUUGGAGAAUUCGCCCUUGUUUCCGACGGCCGAGUUGUCUUCACUGAUGAAAAUGCAAAGACUACCUCUAUCAAUCUCAAAGAAGCAACCGUCGAAGAUAUUUCUGCUGCUGCAAACUGCAAGGUCAUCACACACGCGCAGAAAGAAUUAAGAUACGCUCCAGAUCAAUUCUAUGGCCAUUGCGGUAGCAUUGUUCGAUCAGAAAGUGGCGAGGUCCUGGAUGACACAACUAGAAUGGAAGUCUUUCCCUCUCGCCUUGGCAUUUUCACUGCCAGUCUUGAUACGCAAAACCGAUGGACGUUUACUGCUGAAGAUGGAAAGAAAACAAAGUCGCUUUCUUUCGGUGGCGCUAGAAAGAUUGACUCUCUUUGGGUGAAAUCCUACAAUUGGAAGAACAAAAAUCAUCUUCAGAUCCUCGCAUUUUCAGAAGACGGAACCGUUUCCUUCGCUAAAUCAUCUUCAGAAGCGUCCACUGUUUCUUGGACUCGAGAAGAAUCUCUAGCAUCCAUCUCACAGGUUCAAAUCUUCGAUCUUCCUCCAGAAGACGCCCUUCUUGAAGACCCAUCAGAGUGGAGCUUCACUCGACGAGUUCAAAUCCAGCUCGCUCUUUUCCAGACCUAUCUUGCUCAAUUAUCAGACAAAAUUAAAUCAGGUCGACUUUUUGAAAAGAAAAUUGGCGAUCCUUUGGUCAGUACUUCUGAGCUCAUUCGCGAUCAAUUCAAUCUCCAUAAGCUUAUCUUCAUCUUGACUAAAAAUGGAAAUAUCUUCGGAAUCGACUCGCUCAGCAAAGAUAUCAUCUGGAAGAGAUCCGUACCAGAACUCGAUUCUUGCAAGACUCAAGUGAUCAAGGAAGCUGGAGCCCGGUUCAAGUCGAACAUCUUCCUCGUCGGAAACUGUCAAAACGAAGUUCGAUAUUUCAGCGUUGAUAUCAUGUCUGGAAGCGUUGAAGAACUGAACUCUGCUUUGCCAAAAAGUGAUAUUCUUCGAGUUGAGUCCCUCCGAUCAGCGACUUCAAACAACCCAUCGCUAUUGAUUUUCAAGAAGCUAGACGUUGGCAAAAUCGGCGUCGAGAUUAUCGGAGAUGUUGACGCUGCUACAGCUGAAAAGUUGAAGCGUACGGCUUUCUGGCUCUACGAUUCGACCUCGCAAGCGAUUAUCGGAGGAAAAUUCCAAGUUGAAAACAAAGUUUUCGAGAAUACUUGGACCUUCCAGAUUCCAGCUUCAAUGACGAUCUCUCAGGUUACUGCUGCUCCUGCUACUGAUGUCAUUCACUCACAAGGACGACCCCUUGCCGAUCGAUCGGUGAUGGAAAAGUAUCUGAAUCCCAAUUUGAUCGCCGUUCUUGCUGAGUCGAAGGAAAAGACUGAUCUGGAACAAAUGUUUGUGAAUGCAUUCUUUUUGGACGGAGUUACAGGAGAGGUCAUUCACUCAAGUAAUCAUAAGCGAGCUCACGGACCGGCGAAAAUCGUCCUGGCUGAAAAUUGGGCGGUGUUUUCUUACUGGUCAGCAAAAAUGUUCAGAACGGAGAUAACUUCUGUUGAAUUUUACAAGGGUACUGACGAUGGAAACGCAACUCACUGGGAUUCUCUCUCCGCUUCAAUCCCUGUUGCUAUUCAAAAGUCAUUCGUUAGCUCGGAGGAGAUCUCCUCACUGUCUGUGACUCAGUCACAAAUGGGCAUCACGAAUAAAGCUGUGCUGAUUGGAACUAAAUCCGGAAAAAUUGUCUCGCUACCUCGAGUCUUUCUUGAUCCCCGUCGCCGACUCGUUCCAGCUCCAACCGAUAGAGAGGAAGGAAUCAUGCCGUAUCAGCCAGAGCUCCGAUUUCCCCCGAAUUUCGUGAUCAGCUAUUUCCAGAAUCUUGGUCCAGUGAACGAUUUCAAAGUCGCGAUUACUGGCCUUGAAUCAACAUGUACCGUUCUUGGCCUUACUGACACUGGCCUCUUCUGGACGAGAGUUCAUCCUUCAGGCACAUUCGAUGUUCUCAAAGAUGACUUUGACCACAUGAUGAUUUCCGUUAUUCUCAUCGGCUUUGUCGGCGCCACGUACGCUUGCAAGAUGUUUGCGCAAAUGAAAAUGACCAACCGUCUUUGGCAAUAA